GGGGAUACACAGUGACAGAAUGGUGGAGGGUCCGGGAUGUACUCUGAACGGGGAGAAGAUCCGGGCUCGGGUCACCAGGGGUCAGGGUGUCCGAGAGCUCCGGGGGAGCGCUGUGAGAGGCACGUCACAGAAGUCCCCAAGCAAUGCAUUAUCUAUCCCCAGCACCUGCAUUCUAAUGUCUUUGAUUUCCUGCACGUAUACUGGAGUGCAGACAUUGGGAAAAGAACUCUUCAUUUAUUUUGAGGCAAAAGCGUUAAGAGUUCAUUUUGGAAUGAAUGGAUCAAUGCGCAUUAAUCCAGCAGAGAGAAAGGAUAGAAGCGGAGCUCCAGCAGUUCUAGAAGUGCAGCUCACCAAGGAUUUGAUUUGCUUUUAUGAUUCCACAGUGGAUGUCAGGAACGCUUUAGAGUGUCAGGAAAAAGUGCGGUUAUUUGAAGAUUUAGAUAUGUGCUCCUCGAAGUUCAGCUUCUCUAGAGCAGCGUGUGAGGUUAAGAAGCAGGGAUGUCGGAUGCUGUGUGACGUGCUCCUUGAUCAAGCAGUGCUCCCUGGAGUUGGCAACAUUAUCAAAAACGAAGCCCUAUUUGAUAGCGGCCUACAUCCAGCCAUACAGGCUGGUUUACUAACAGAUGGACAGAUUAGCCAUCUGGUGAAGAUGACACGUGACUUUACGCUCCUCUUUUAUAAGUGCAGAAAGAAUGGAUCGGCUCUUUACAAGCAUUACAAAGUGUACUCAAAACCUAACUGCGGCCAGUGUGGUACAAAGAUCACAGUGUGUCGUCUGGGAGAGCACAACAGAAUGACCUAUUUUUGCUCAAAGUGCCAAAAGGAUAAACCUCAGCAGCUUGAUGUGAGUAAACUUCCCAAAAGAAACAGUCUUAUUGGAUGGGCCUGUAGACAGGAGUCACAAGACGAAGUGGCCAGAAGUGAUGAAGAACAUUGGGCAUGCCAAGUCUGCACACUCAUUAACAAGCCUUCAGACGUGAAAUGUGAUGCAUGCCUAACUCCUAGACCACAAGCAACGUCCGCUAUUGAAAAUGAUGGCUAUGAUACAGACCUGAUCAAGUAUCCAUGUAAUAAUUUUGGAAUUCCAUUGUCUGAAAUUAAGAUAAACCGAAAAACAGCUUUUGGUCAUACAACAUUGGUACUUAGUGAUUUUAGUACCAAGACUAAUGUUGAUAAUAAUGAAGAUCAUAAGCAGGUCUCUUCUUUGGAGAUGUUGGUCAGUGCCUGCAGCAACACACUUCAUGUCUCAAAUAAGAGGAGAAGCAUUGAAACCGAACAGCGGAUUGAUACCGUAAAUGCCGUGCAUAGCAGUUCCGGAGUUUCAGCUUCAUUUGUCCAGCAAGAGAAGAGACGGAAGACUGAUAAUAUGACACAAAAUUUCCGAAAUGAAGCCAACGCGCCUGUCAGCUCUCCUCGAGUUAAUCAGACCGGGGGAACCUCUUCUCCACAUGCCAGCAGCACGCUUUGCAGUAAGCACAAACGACCCUGUGCUCUCCAUGUUGUCAGGAAGGAUGGACAGAAUAAAGGAAGACAGUUUUAUAGUUGUUCUCUGCCCAGGGAAAGUCGGUGUGAAUUUUUUGAAUGGGCUGACCUUCAUUUUCCAUUUUGCAAGCAUGGAAAGCGCUGUAUAAUGAGAACGGUACUUAAGAUUGGUCCAAACAAUGGUAAAAACUUUUAUGUCUGUCCUUCAGGCAGAGAUAAACAGUGUGAUUUCUUUGAAUGGGCUAAAGAGUCAGACUAA